AUGGCUUUUUCUUGCCCUGCAAUCGCCGCCACAAUUUCUACCUCCGUCGCCUCCUUUUGUCUCUUCUCUCCUCCACCUUCCGCCGUGCAGUUUUCUCACUUGUUUCUCAAUAAAUCUCCACUUUCCACCGAGAAACAUGAUUCGGCAAAGUUUGCCUGCAAAACUAAAGAUUCCAGUGAGAACAACCCAAAAAUCGACCCCGACGAGAAAGAAAAUCAAGAACUGAUAGUGCAGAGAAGGGGUUUUCUCCUGAUUGGGUUGGGCUCUACUGGAAUUUACGAAACUGCAGUCAAUCUAGGAUCAUCGGUUUCUCCAGAUUACUUGAACUGUGUUGACGCCGCAAAACCUGACGGCGCGCCCAUCAACUGCUGUCCCACCUCCCCGGCCGGGAUGGAGAUCACUGAUUAUAUCCCUUCUCCCACUGCCAUCACCCGUGUUCGUUUGCCGGCUCACACAGCCAACGGCCGUGAUAAUAUGGUCAAGUAUAGAAAAGCAGUCGACCUCAUGAAGCAGCUGCCUGCCAGUGAUCCCCGUAGUUUCAUGCAGCAGGCGAACGUGCACUGUGCUUACUGCAACGGCGGCUACAACCAAGAGGGCUAUUCAAAUGUGAGAUUUCAAGUCCACAGAUCAUGGCUGUUUUUCCCAUUUCAUAGGUGGUACCUAUAUUUUUACGAGAGAAUAUGCCGGAAAUUGUUGCAAGACGAAACUUUUGCCUUGCCAUUUUGGAACUAUGACUCGCCUUCCGGCAUGGAAAUCCCGGCCAUGUUUAAUGACAGCAGUUCAUCUCUCUACGACAGGCUGCGCAACCAGGACCACUUGCCGCCCGUCGUCGUCGACCUGAACUGGGGCUCUUUUCUUACCGGUAUAAGCCCGGAAAAGAACCAGAUCAAAUACAACCUCAACUUAAUGUACAAACAAAUGAUCACAAAUGCCACAACUCCAAGGCUUUUCUUUGGGCAACCCUACAGAGCUGGCGACGAAACCCCAACGAGAAGUGGGUCUGGAUCCAUUGAAAUAGCUCUGCAUACCACUAUUCACGCAUGGACGGGUGACCCGAAACAGCCCUUCACAGAAGACAUGGGAACUUUCUAUGCAGCUGCUCGAGACCCCAUUUUCUAUGCGCAUCAUGCCAACAUCGACAGAUUGUGGAACAUUUGGGUAGAUAAACUCGGAGGCAAAGUUUUCAGGGACCCCGAUUGGUUGGAUUCCUCGUUCAUGUUUUACAACGAGGAAGCCAAGCCGAUGAUUGUCAAAGUGAAGGAUUGUCUGGACUCAACGAGCCUGGGAUACAUUUACGAAGACAUCGAGAUCCCAUGGCUUGACGCAAAGCCUACUCCUCGUAGAAAAGGUGUCCGGGUAGUUACUUCUGAACUAUGCCAAGCCACUCAGGUUUUCCCGACGGCCCUGGACAGGGUUUUGAACAUUAUUAUCCGGCGCCCUAAAGAGUUGAGGAGUAAAGAAGAGAAAGAAGAGGCGGAAGAGGUGUUGCUGGUAGACGAAAUAGAGUAUGAUUGCAGUAAACCCGUGAAGUUUGAUGUGUACUUGAAUGAAUCUGAUGUGAAAUUAUGUACGCCUGCGAAUUCCGAAUUCUUGGGCAGCUUCCUCGAUGUGCCUUAUCAUAGACACCCGAGGUCGACAGAGAAGGGGUCAGUGAGGUUUGCGAUAUCUAGCGUGUUGGAGGAGCUACAUGGAACCAACGAGAGCGACUUUUUGUUGGUGACUUUGGUCCCUAGGCGUGGCGAUGUGACGAUAGGUGGUGUUAAGAUUGAGUUUGACACAUCUAAGAAUUCAGCAUAA